AUGGACAACCUGACAUUCGAAAACAGCAUCCUCUUAGUGGAGGGACUAAAAGUUACGCCACAGUCGUCUUAUCCUGUUUUCAUUCUGCUACUCUUAACAUAUAUCUUUACUAUGAUAUCCAACAUCACACUUAUAGUUCUGAUCUCAACACAGAAGAAUCUGCAGCACCCUAUGCAUUUUCUGUUCUGUAAUCUGCCACUGAAUGAUAUACUGGGUACCACUGUCAUUAUGCCACGUUUAAUGCAUGACACUUUAAGGGAAACCUCAGAGCGUUAUAUUACAUACAUGGAGUGUGUUACUCAAGCAUAUUUUAUUCAUGUAUUUAUUGUUGCAUGCCACUAUGUGCUGAUAAUAAUGGCCUUUGACAGAUAUGUGGCUAUAUGUAAUCCAUUACGAUAUUCAUCUAUAAUGACAAAUAAAAUGGUGCUCAAAUUAUCAGCUUCAGCCUGGGGGUUGGCAAUAGUUUUAGUGACAGUAAUGAUAGGUCUUACAGUGCGUCUUUCUCGCUGCAGAUAUAAAAUUGCAAACCCUUUCUGUGACAAUGCCUCACUGUUUAAACUUUCCUGUGAAGAUGUAUCUGUUAAUAAUGUGUUUGGCAUUGUUUAUACUGUAGCUGUACUCUGCUUUUCAUCAGUAACUAUAUUUAUAACAUAUGUCAAGAUUGCUACUGUAUGCAGAAGUAGCAAAAACCAAGCACUGAACAGCAAAGCCAUCAAAACGUGUAGUACUCAUUUAGCUGUUUAUUUAAUCAUGUUUAUAUGUGGAGCUACAAUGGUUUUUCUUCAUCGUUUUCCUGAAUACUCUGACAGCAGGAAAUUAACAAGUAUUAUGUUUCACAUUGUACCACCAGGGUUGAAUCCUUUGGUAUACGGUUUACAAACCAAAGAGAUACGACAAAAGAUUGCUAAACUUUGGUGGAGAAGAAAAGUAAUUUCCUUGUGA